CCAAAGAUUACUGGUGAUAGAGAAAAGAAUUGGGAAAAUUAAACAACGCAAAUGUGUUCUGUGUGCUUAUGUGAUGAAUCGGUGAUCAGUUUUCUGGUGAUAGGUGAUGAUGAUGAUGGCGAGGGAUACCAGUGUGUGGGCGUUUGUGCUAGUGAUACAGACUUUGAUCGGGGGGAGUUUGGAGAUCAUCGACUCUCACGUGAUCCAAGUGUGGUCGGCGCCGGGCGGCAUGACGCGGCUGCCGUGCGACCUGGCCGCGCCCGUCGGCGACGUCGCCAUGAUGCUGUGGUUCAAGGAUGGCGACAAGAUGCCUAUUUACACUGUCGACUUCAGAAACGGGCCGCCAGUCCACUGGGCAGUCGCCGGCGAGUUCGGGACCCGAACCCACUUCGUUCUAAACGAGUCUGACCCAUCGUCGGCCCACCUCUCAGUGGAGAAGGUGGCUCACCACGACGAGGGCAUGUAUAGGUGUAGAAUAGACUAUGUGGACAGCCCUACCAGGAAUUAUAGGGUGAAUUUGACUGUUAUAGUUCCGCCAGAAUCGCCUCGGAUAUACGACUCCGAGGGCAGAGAAAUUCUAGGUCCCAUCGCCGGACCUUUUAGGGAAGGUCAGGAUUUGCUGCUGUCCUGCGCAGCCGCUGGAGGAAAACCCCCACCCGAUGUGUCCUGGUGGAACGGCAACGACCGGCUGGCCAUCACCAAAGGAGGCUCCGUAUGCCAGCUCCUACUCCAGAGUUUAUCAAGGGAGACCUCAGGAACACGACUCCAUUGCAAAGUGGAACCCCCGCUACUGCAGCCUAUAGUUAGGGAGGUCACGGUGAAAUUGUUUUUGAAGCCGCAAUUCGUCCGGGUGUCCGGCAAAGGCGCCGUCCGGGCCGGACAGGACCGAUCCUUCGUAUGCACUACGCGUGGCUCCAAGCCGCCGCCGAACAUCGAUUGGUUCAUCAACUCGCAGCUCGUCGACUCCACUUUGACUCAGAUGGAUGUCGACGGCGAAGUGACUAAGAGCGAGCUAACGUGGCACGUCAGGAGAGAAGACAGUGGCAGGCAGCUGGUCUGCCGCGUCUCCAACCCCUGGUUCCCUGCCUACACGCUGGAAGACUCUGUGAUGCUUAACGUUAUGUAUCCGCCAGUAGCGCAAAUAUCGCUGAUAGAGCCCAAAGAUCCCCGUAUGCUAAGAGAAGACGAGAACGCUGAACUGCUCUGCUCGGCUGACGCAUCACCGCCUGCAACCAACUUUACCUUUUACAAGGGAACUGAGGUGCAUUUGAUACGUGACGACCCCAUCGGGGGAAUAGNAGGGAUAGCAGUGGAGGGCAGCAAGUUGAUCCUGAGAGGGCUUAGGAGGCACCACUCCGCGAUCUACCGGUGCCGGGCGAGGAACUCUGAGGGAAGUGCGCUGAGUGAGCCACUCACUUUGAAUGUGCUUUCCCGCCCAGAAUGCGCGACAGGCAGCGUGGUGCAACAGAUAGCCGGUGCCCCUGGCGGCGAGGUCAGGGCUCGGUGCUCCGUCAGUGCUCCGUCGAGUAGGGACGCGGGCCCUUUGCACUUCUACUGGACAUAUAAUGGCACGAGGGAUGUAUUGCCGAUCCCAGCAUCAAACAUAACAGUAAUGGGUACCAUCAGCACAGUCAUUCAUGGUCUACCCUCAGAAAAUAUUGACGACGACCUGGGCUGGCUGGCCUGUUGGACUAGCAACGAUAUAGGCAAUCAGAGAGAGCCUUGCUUGUUUAGGAUUAUGCCCGCCGCCCUCCCCGAACCGCCAAGCAACUGUGAGAUCCAGAACGAAGUCCUCCGCUGCGAGCCGGGCCACGACGGAGGGCUGGCCCAGAGGUUCCUGCUAGAAGCCCUGGAGGUACGCCCCGCGGCGCCAGUGCAAGACAAUGAGAUCUCCACGCUGAACGACCAGGGCAUCUCCGGGCGAGGUCUCACCGAAGCGGUGUACCGCGUCGUCAACGACAAGCCGCAGUUCGCUCUCGAUCCACUACCUCCUGGGAAGUACACUUUGAUGGUGUACGCGGAAACACCGAUGGGAAGGUCGACUCGACCAGCAGCGUUACAUAGUGUGACUAUAAGAACCGCUGAUGACUUGGAUGUCCCUGGUUCCCUCCAAACCAUGACUCCAGCACCUCCCCCACCAUCAGUGACCGACAACAGCGUGGCCCUGCUAACUGGGGCAGCACUGUCGCUGGUACUGCUGACAAUACUGACCACGUUGUGCGUGACGCUGGUGGUCAUGUGUAAGAAGAAGACUCCACGGCGCGACCCUGAGCAAAGUACAAUCCUACGCAGAAAUGUAGGCGUGUCCAUGUAUGGAGGGUCUUCCAUCUCCCCGAGCGUGGUGCCAACGGUCGUGGUGAGGGGACACCGCGGAUCCAGAGUCCUGGCUGCCAGAUGGUCAGGAGUGCUGGACGAUGCUCCGCUAGCUGUUCUCGCAUUGGAUACUAGACCUCAUGAUAAUGAUUCCAGCCACAGUGACUUAGAGCAAGAAACUGAACUUACUAGACACAUGGACCAUAUGGAAACACAGACGGACACAUAAAAUGCAUUUUAUAUGAGAGUUUUUUUUGUUUUGAAGUCAAUUUUCGUUUGGUCCUACCUCGCUACCUACAAGUGAAGUGAAACUUGGGAAUUUCCUACAAACGAUAGAAAGAAGUGUUUCUUCCUUCGUUUUAGUGAUUUUAGCAUAAAAAGUACCCCAAUGAC